GCUUUGUCUAUAUCUUCACAAAAUAACAGAAAUACUUUUGCCCUUGUUGCUGGCCGGGUAGGAAUCUGUGGUUGUUAACUUGUUGCUAGUCAUAACAGAACUGUCGAUCAAAAUUGCCUAGGCAAUUAAGCAAAAAUAUACAAAUAGAAUUAUGGAGCCAGUAGUAGUGGCAACAGAGGAAGAUGAAGCCAACAAUAUUCCAAAGAAACUAGAUGCUGGAGCUCUAUUUGUGCUCAAAUCCAGAGGGUCAUGGUUGCACUGUGGAUAUCACUUGACAACUUCAAUUGUAGCUCCUGCACUCUUGAGUCUUCCCUAUGCACCUUCCCUGAUGGGUUGGUUUGCCGGCGUUAUAUGCCUGACUGUUUCAGCUCUGGUAACUUUCUAUUCCUACAACCUUCUGUCCUUGGUUUUAGAGCACCAUGCUCACCUUGGUCAGCGCCAGCUUCGCUUCCGCGACAUGGCCAGGGAUAUUUUGGGACCAAGAUGGGGAAGAUAUUUUGUAGGUCCAAUUCAAUUUGGCCUAUGCUAUGGUGCAGUUAUAGCUUGCAUUCUUUUAGGAGGACAGAGCCUUAAGUACAUAUUUCUGCUCUCUAGUUCAAGGCCAGAGACCAUGAAACUCUACCAAUUCGUUAGUAUAUUUGGUCAAGUGAGUUUUGACGUCCAUGACAGGAAUAUUUUCAAUAAUAGCUUGAUCACUAUUCUUGAGUCAACUCGCGAGAUUUUGACACUACCUGUUUUUACGCUUUUGAAGAGUAAAGGAACAACAUAA